ACCGAAAUAGCGUAAAUGAUCAGAUAAUAAUACAAUUCAUUACCGAUUCAAAUUAACAUGCAAAGGUCAUUCUACUAAAUUCGUAACGUGCGUGGAUUAAUCCUAAACGAUUGAACCUGAAUCGAAGAGCUAAAGGAUGUUGCGGAAAAUUUGCGAACUAUCGUGCCGCCGUGCGAUGUCGUCACGACAAUUCAGCGUGUGUGAGUUAUCACGGGACCAUCGUGCUAUCCAACAACUCUGCCGUCGAUUCGCGGAAAACGAGCUCAAACCUGUCGCUAGUGAAAUCGACCGCAGUGGCACGUUCCCCGAGGAACCGAUUGCCAAGCUGGCCGAUUUGGGGAUGAUGCGUGUGACCGUGAAUCCACAGUAUGGUGGAUGCGGUCUGGAUAUGCUGUCGCUAUCACUUGUCGUAGAAGAACUUUCACGGGGAUGUGGAAGCACUGGGUCGAUAGUUUCAAUACACAACUGUCUCUACGCUAACCUGUUGGAUCGGCUCGGCACGGAUGAACAGAAAGGACGAUUUUUUAACAAGUACAGCAAGAAAACGAUCGGCGCCUUUGCCCUCAGUGAGGCGGACGCCGGCUCGGAUGUUGCUGCUAUGACAACGAGGGCAACGCAGGGCUCCGAUGGAUGUUGGAUAUUGAACGGUGCAAAGGCAUGGGUUACGUCGGGUAUUGAAGCCGUCGCCGGUAUAGUAUUUGCUACCGUUGAUCCGUCGCUUAAAUACAAAGGAAUUACCGCAUUUCUGGUUGAUUUCGACGCUGACCAACUGCAAGGGCUGACUCGUGGCAAACCUGAAGACAAGCUUGGCAUUCGAGGCACUUCCACCUGUGAUCUUGUACUAGAAAAUGUUCGCGUCCCGGAGACCAACGUCCUCGGUUCAGUGGGCGGCGGUAUGCGCAUUGCAAUGGAGCAGCUUGAUCGUGCCCGGAUAGGAAUAGCAUCACAAGCUAUCGGAAUCGGUCAAGCGUCGUUGGAACAAGCCGUACAAUACGCUAAACACCGUACCGCUUUCGGGGGAACUUUGAUCGAUCUUCCUGCCGUUCGCACAAGAAUUGCCGAUAUGGCCACGCGAAUCGAAACGGCCCGACUGUUGGUUCGAAAAGCGGCCGGAGAACUUGAUCGUGGGCUGCGGGCAACAAAAUCGUGCUCGAUGGCCAAAUGGGUGGCGGGCGAAGCGGCCACUGCAGCGGCACACGGGUGCCAGCAGAUUCAUGGUGGCAUGGGGUACGUCAAGAGUUUACCUGCUGAGCGAUUUUAUCGUGAUGCUCGCAUUACAGAAAUUUACGGUGGUGCAACCGACGUUCAAAAAUCGAUCGUUGCCGAUCAGACGAUCAAGGAUCUUGAAUGAGACAUUAAGAUGUAUACAAUUCCAUUGUUGGUUAUGGUGACGGUCUCAAAGACUAGAUGGUAUAUUUUUGGAAAUAUAUUUAUGACUUAUACAGUUCAACUGU